GGCUUCUCUGCAAAAAAAAUCUUUAUUUAUAUAUUUACGCCAUCUUUGGCGGUCUCUCGUCUUCGAUCGUCUCUUUGCUGUCCCUUCAACAGAACUGUUACAUCCCUCUCUACGACCAAACUGAAUCAUUCGAUCUUUCGAAUCUCGUCAUAACUCUGCCAGGAAAUAUACUCUUAAAGCUGAGAUUUGGAAAUGGUGAUCGGAUUAAGCACAAUGCUGGAAAAAACAGAGGCUCUUUUCGCUUCUGAUCAUGCAUCGGUCGUCUCCAUGAAUUUGUUCGUAGCUUUGCUUUGUGCUUGCAUCGUGCUUGGUCACUUGCUUGAGGAGACUCGGUGGAUGAACGAGUCAAUCACUGCUCUUAUCAUUGGUUCGUGUACUGGGAUUGUGAUCUUGCUUAUAAGUGGAGGCAAAAGCUCAAGGAUUCUUGUGUUUAGUGAAGAUCUCUUCUUUAUUUAUCUUCUUCCACCAAUUAUAUUCAACGCAGGGUUUCAGGUUAAGAAGAAGCAAUUUUUUCGCAACUUCAUGACCAUUAUGUUAUUUGGUGCUAUUGGAACUCUCAUUUCAUUUGUUAUCAUCUCAUUUGGUGCUAAACAUCUUUUCGAGAAAAUGAAUAUCGGUGAUCUUACCAUUGCGGACUAUCUAGCCAUUGGAGCAAUAUUCUCUGCUACAGACUCUGUUUGCACCUUGCAAGUGCUUAAUCAAGACGAGACACCUCUCUUGUACAGUCUUGUCUUUGGAGAAGGUGUAGUGAACGAUGCCACAUCGGUCGUGCUCUUCAAUGCAAUACAGAGAUUCGACCUCACAAAUAUCAAUUCAGCCAUAGCUUUGGAGUUUGCUGGAAACUUUUUUUACCUCUUUAUCUUAAGCACAGCACUUGGUGUUGCAGCUGGAUUGCUCAGUGCUUUUGUUAUCAAGAAGCUCUAUAUAGGAAGGCACUCUACUGAUCGUGAAGUUGCACUUAUGAUGCUAUUGGCUUACUUAUCAUAUAUGUUGGCAGAGCUAUUCCACUUGAGCUCUAUCUUGACUGUGUUCUUCUGCGGGAUUGUUAUGUCUCACUAUACAUGGCACAAUGUUACAGAUAAAUCCAAGGUCACUACAAAACAUACUUUUGCUGCAAUGUCAUUUCUAGCUGAGAUUUUUAUCUUCCUUUACGUUGGAAUGGACGCUCUCGAUAUCGAGAAAUGGGACGUUGUACGCAACAGUCCUGGUCAGUCGAUUGGAGUUAGUUCAAUACUUCUUGGGCUUAUUCUUCUGGGUCGCGCCGCGUUCGUGUUUCCACUUUCCUUCUUGUCCAAUUUAACAAAGUCUUCACCGGAUGAGAAAAUAGACUUAAAGAAACAAGUAACCAUUUGGUGGGCUGGUCUGAUGCGUGGUGCAGUGUCAAUGGCUCUUGCUUAUAACCAGGUUUUGAUCCGUGAACUACAAGAAACAAAGAUAAAAAAGUGAUCUUUGGGUUUUAAUAAGUUCCCAUGACUUAAUCUCUUCUCUCUGUUACAUCAUAGUUCACAACUUCAGGACACACCAAGGUUCUUGGGAACGCUAUCAUGAUCACCAGUACCAUCACUGUUGUUCUUUUCAGUACUGUGGUGUUUGGAUUGCUAACCAAACCGUUAGUCAAACAUUUGCAGCCUUCAUCAAAACAGUCCUCCACGACCGCGCUGCAGAUCACACUAAGAUCUUCUUUCCACGAUCCGAUCCUCCAUGAGCCGUUGCUCAGUACCCAAGGCCAGUCAGAAUACGACCCUGAACAACAUGUUAGCUUCAGAAUGUUCUGGAAAUCUCCGUCCAGGGCCAUUCAUCAUUACUGGAGGAAAUUCGAUAACGCAGUUAUGCGUCGCAUAUUUGGUGGCCGAGGCGUUUCACCAGUAGUUCCAGGUUCACCCAUUGAGAAUAGUGUUCCGCAAUGGAGUGAAGAAGUAGAAAACAAGGAACAAAACGGCGAACCUUGAUGACCAUAAUGACAUGAGUAAGAUCUUUGACUUGUUGAUCGCGUUUUUUGGCGUUGUUGGACGCAGACGCAACAUGGGCCGGCUCUAAUUUUUUGCCUCCAGUUUUGGUAUAAUGGUUUUGGAUGUGAGUUCUUAUUUGCCCGGUGUGAUUUUUUGGUUUGUGGUGUGAUUUUGUAAAGCCGGUCCGUUUUUCGUUGUUUGAGUUUGUGGUUUUGUUGAAAAAUUGUAACUGUCCAUGUAAAUAGGGACUGAUAUAGGGGUGACUUGAGUACACCUAGCUCAUAUGCAGACGUUAGCGUCUGCGUUUGGAGAUUCGAGUUUGCGUUGGUGGGACGUGAGCAGAUUUUUUAAUCUAAAGUUUGUGUACACUUUCUUGUACUUCUUAUACAAAACAAAGGGACACGAAUCUUUCUAAUGUUCAUAAUUUAUUACUGGGUUUUGCAAGAAACUUGUUGACAAUAUACAAAUAAACUGAUAACUUAUAUAUAAAUAUAACUUUUGAGAAAUCUAAUCUUAUUUUUAUGCUUGCACGUAUAUAAGGACAAAGUGAGUGGGUAUCAAUCAACCUUAUAGUAACAUAUACAAUCUUUCACGCAUAAAACCCUAUAAUGUGAAAACAAGAAACGUCCUUUACAUAUUUCUUCUCACCUAGAUAUUAUUAAUUUUAAUAUUGAGACUUUGAAACCCCAGAAAUAAGAUAAAGUGUGGGACAAGAAAAGAAGGCACCUUUUUUUGUUGUUGCUUUUAGCCGUGAGGCCAGCAUAUGCAGUAACUCACAUGCAUGCGCCUCUAACCUUGUGGCAUUUUAGGAAUUAUGCAAUAAUGCACUAUACUUAAAUACGUUAAUUCACAAAGUAAUACAUUCAUUCAGUUCAUAAACACGUCUCAAGAU